GUUUUUGCUUCGGCACUGAGCGGACACGGCUUUUUUGGGGAGUAGGUGUGAAUUGUGAAAUCUUGUUAUGUGUGUAUGUUUGUAACAAAAAAAUUACAGCAACAAGAAGAUUAAGUUGUAAAUGAAUACAUUCUAACCAAAAGGAAAAAGUAAACUACGUUAGUAUUUACAAAAAAGUAAUAUCUCAUGUAUGUGGUGCGCAAUUUUGCACGUGUUUUUGCAAUAUAUAUACGUACGCAUGUAGUUGGAAAAAGGAAAAAUUAAGAAUUGAUUUCUUAUUUUUUUGUGGUAAUGCAGUUGGCAAUAAGCGCGGCCAUUUUUUUCUUUGCGUAGUUUUUUGUGACUACUUAAAUGUGUGCGUGUUUUUUCGUCUUUCAUACGACGUUGUGCCGAAAACAAAGAAUGAAUGUAGAAGAAGAGUAGACAAAAAAUUGAAUUGACGGAGGAGUGAAAUAAUAAAAAACUAUUGUGUUUUCCCUCGCAAUUUACUUGUAUCUGUGCACACUGUAGGUGCUAAGAAAAAAAAGUGGAGUUUUGGAAAUAACUACACACAAACAUAUACGUAAAUAUUACAUCAGUAUACACUGGUAGCACAUAUUUUUGCAAACACUUUACGAAAAUCGAAAAGAAAAAAUACUAAAAAAACGCAAAAAAAAAGAAAUAUCUAACGUUUGAUUAAUAAAAGGGCCAUCGUUGGAGUAUAAAUUUUAUUAAAAAGUGGAAGAAGCUUUCUUUUGAAAUUGUUGGGAUUUUAAAUACUCGAGUACUUACAAAUGUGUAUUGCAUUGUGCGUGGUGUGCAAUUUGAAUUGAGUGAGUGGUUGGUUUCUGCAAAAAAUAAAAGAAAAGCGAGAAUUGUGCGCUAAAAACGUACCUGAAUAAAAUAAUAACUUGAAAUAUUAUUAUCGUACAUGUGAGUUUCCAAUAAGCGCGGCAACACGUGCUUCCGUACACCAAGAGGUGCCGUCAUCAAGCUUUUGCUCCAAAACUCCUAUAGGAGGGAGAUACUUUUUCGCUGACACAACAGACAGGCGAGUUGACGAAAAUAAUUGGCUGGCGCCAACAACCGAAUUGAGUAGCAACAAAAAAACUGAAAAAAAGAAACGCUGCAUUUUUUACCUACCGCUUUCGCACAUCUUAUUCGUACAGUAACCGUUGCAAUUAACGGCUGCGUAUCGCACGCAUUAAACGCUUAAACGCGGCGUAACGUAUCGCUGCCAACAAAGAAAUGGCCGAACUACCCGCGCCUACUAGUGAUUACCUCCAUCGUUCGAUCGACCACCUGCGCUCCAUGAACGAACGCAACGUUCUCUCCUCAUUGAGCCAUCACUUGACGCCGGUCGAGUUACGCAAUGCGGCACAAUUGGCAGCGCACGACUACAAGCCUUUCAAUAUCAAUGAAUUUCGUCAGAAUGUUGAACGUUUAGAUUAUUCAUUAAAGAACGGACUCAUACAGCAGCAGCAGCAAUUGCUGGCCGAUCAUCAACAACAACAGCAGCAGCAGCAACAACAACAACAUCAGCAACAGCAGGCGCAUGAACAACAGCAACAGCAGCAUCAGUUGCAAUUAAAACAAUCGUACAGUCCGCCAAAUUCACCAGCCACGCCCACCAUGACCGAGCAACCGGAACAAAAGUACGAUCCACAUGCUGCCAAUUUGGAACAGCAACAACAACAACAACAACAGCACACCGUAAGUCACAAACAACGCAAUCAACAAGGAUCCCCCGAAGGCCGCGACGUCAAGCCCUACAAAUGUACACAAUGCCCAAAAACGUUCGCCAAUUCAUCUUACCUAUCACAGCACACUCGCAUACAUUUAGGCAUCAAACCGUACCGUUGCGAGAUCUGCCAACGCAAAUUCACACAGCUGUCGCAUCUGCAACAACAUAUCCGCACCCAUACCGGUGACAAGCCCUACAAAUGCCGUCAUGCCGGUUGCCCGAAAGCCUUUUCGCAACUCUCCAAUCUGCAAUCGCACUCACGCUGCCACCAAACGGACAAACCAUUCAAAUGUAACUCCUGCUAUAAAUGCUUCACCGACGAAUUGACGCUUCUAGAGCACAUACCCAAGCAUAAAGACUCGAAACACUUGAAGACGCACAUCUGCAACCUGUGCGGUAAGUCGUAUACGCAGGAGACCUAUCUGCAGAAGCAUUUGCAAAAGCAUGCCGAGAAGGCGGAGAAACAGCAGCAACGCCAGGCGAACUCAACAGCUAAUGCGCAACACCAUGUGCCCGCUGGCGGUAUUGGCCUCAAUUUACAGCGACAGGUGGUGAUGAAUGCCGCUGCCGCUGCAGCCACAAGCGAUCCCAAUUCGUAUUGGGCGAAGGUUGGUGCUGAUAGUGCUGUAAAUGCCGCACAACUGGCGGAGGCUAUACAGCAGCAACAACAACAGGCUGCAGCGGCCGCAGCAGCUGCAGCCGCGGCUGCACAACAACAGCAGCAACACGCACAAAAUGGUUACAAUUUCGCCGCGCUGCAACAGCACCAACAACAGCAGCAGCAGGAACUGUUGCAACAUCAUCAGCGAUUGGUGAAUGGUGGUGCGGGUAGCGGUGGCGAUAGCGCCGGCAGCGGCAAUACGCCCAACCAUUCACAUUCGCCUAACGAAGAGGGCGAGGAUUUGGUGAUGCGUCAAACGCCGCAUCAUCUCCAACAGCAACAGCAGCAGCAACAGCAACAACAACAGCACCACCAUCAGCAGUCCCAUUCGCCCAAUCCCCUGCUUAUGGGCAAUGCAGCAGCAGCGGCAGCGGCGGCGGCGGCUGCAGCCAACUAUGAUGUGAAAACGACCAGCGCAUUUACGCCAAUCAACACGGCGCCACCGCAUUUGAAUGCACUAGCUGCACAACAACGUCCACCCGCCGCAGCAGCGUACCUGUAUCAGCAAAAUGCCGCAGCGGCAGCCGGUUUUCCAACCCAACUCAUAUCUCUACAUCAAAUACGCAACUAUGCGCAUCAGCCAAGUGCAGCAGCAGCGGCCGGCCUCUUGGCGAGCGAUCACUUGCUCGGCUUGACCGGUGUGACUGCGGGCGGUGCUGGCAAGGAUAAGGGUCAAUAGUACGCCGCACAUCAUGGCAAUAGUGAUAGCGGGGGCGGGUAUCGGUCGAAGAAAAUGAAAAAGAGAACUCGUGAACGCAGUUGAGUUGACUGCGGGACGCCGGAUGGCAGGAGGUCACACAGCGAACUUACUGCAGCGUUUGAGAAUGCCACUAACAAUAACAAUAACAGCAAACGCAACAACAAGAACACCAACUCAGGUUAUAAAGAAAAAGAAGAAGAAGAAGAAGAGGAGGACAAAGCAUUAAAGCGUAUGGGAAAAGGCAAAGAGAAGUAUUAGUCGGUUAGUGCAUCCCAGCAAAGUCAUAUACAGUACAUAAUAACUGUAGAUAUUCGCAAAGAUAUGUAUACUGCUACAAUUACAGAUUACUACUUCCUCUACGCUGCUUGUAAUUUCUGUUUUAUGCAUGUAAAUAAUACCACCUACAAUGCGGAUUCAUACAUAUUGUACAUACAUACAAAUGUAUUUAUAUAAGUCUGCAUGUAUUUAGAAAUUAGAAAUCAGGCCCCUGCGUCUUUUGCACUUUAUCAUGGCAGGUGCUUCUUAAAUUCUACUUAUACGUACGUAUGUAUUCUUCCAAUAUGUUACAUACACGCACAAACAGAGUGUACUAUUACUAUAUAUAACUAUUGCUUCGUUGCGCCUGCGCGCAUCUACAGUAUACAAAUGCUAUAACAAAUUGUAGCUCAUAAUUAAUGUAAUUACUUGUAGUUACCGUUUAGCAUUUAGAUAAUCGUAUUGUAGCUAAAAGUAGUUUGAUAAGCCGAAUUUACUUUAUGUAUUGUAAGUAUCUUUUAAGGUUAGUCUGUAGAAGUGAAGAAGUGUAUACACACUAGUAUAUAGAAAUCAUAUGUACAUAUGUAUAUACAAACGUGUAUGCAACUUUAUUUCAUUAUUUGUUUGUAUUUCGCAUUCUUAAUGUAUUUGUAUACGAUAAUAUUUUUUUAAACUCUCUAAUUUUUAAAUACAAAAAAUUUAAUUUUAUUAAAAAAAAUUAAAUUUAUUCAAAAUUGUAUAGUUUAUUAAGCUGUCUUUAUGAAAUGAUUUGUGUAUAUACCCACAUAUAUACUCGUUUUUAUAGUAACGAAUUUAUCAAUCUGAAUAAAAUUUCGAUAGAUUUUUAUG